GCGCGGAAGGCUGCGGCUCACUUCAAUUAAAGAGAGAAAAACACAAACAGGGUUUUCACUACAGGGCGAACUGACCUCCUCACCUGAGCACCGGAGGAGGUCUGAAGGGGCGGAAUAAGAAAGUCUGGAUCGAUUCAACCGCAGUUUAGCGGCGUCCGAGGACUCUCUCGGAUUGAAAUGACCGGGGACGAUUCGGGACGAUAGAAGGACACAUUUCUUCACAUUAAUGACAACCAUGUUCGUUUGACACGCCACCAGCCUGGACGUUCGACUCAGGAUGACCGCCCUCAUGAGGAAGGUGCGGCAGGUGCUGUGCGUCCUGCUGCCGUGUGCUCUCCAACUCUGCAGCGCUCAGACGCAGGGAGUGGUCGUUUGUUACGGCACCCAGAACGUUCUGAGUGUGACGGGAGACCCAGAGAACCAGUACAACCUGAUGAAGGAGAGGUACACCGGCUGUGAGAUUGUGAUGGGCAACCUAGAGAUCACCAUGAUGGAGCACUCCAGAGACUUCUCCUUCCUGCAGUCUAUCAGGGAGGUGACAGGCUACAUCCUGUUUGCUGUCAACGAGUUCAGCCGCCUGCCCCUGGACCAACUGCGCGUCAUCAGGGGCACCACACUGUAUGAGAACAAGUACGCUUUGGCCGUGAUGGUCAACUACCAGAAGGAGGGGCAGCAUGGCCUUCAAGAACUGGGCCUGACACAUCUUACAGAGAUACUGGAGGGAGGGGUCAAGAUCAUCCAGAAUAAGUACCUUAGCUACGCCCCACAGGUGAACUGGCUGGACAUAGUGAAGGAUGGAGCCGCUGAAAUUAUGAUCGAGGGCAAUGGACCUGAAAAGCCUUGUGACAAAGCAUGUGGAGACGUGCCGUGUUGGGGUCCAGGAAAUGGCAGUUGCCAGAUCUUGACAAAGACUGUGUGCGCCCCUCAGUGUAACGGCCGUUGCUUUGGUAGAAACCCCAGCGACUGUUGUCACAUUGAGUGUGCUGGAGGCUGCACUGGGCCCCUGGAUACAGGCUGCUUUGCUUGCAGGAACUUCAACAACUCGGGCUCUUGUGUGCCUCAGUGUCCUCAGACCCUCAUCUACAACAAGCACACAUUCAAAGUGGAGCCCAACCCCAAUGCCAAGUACCAGUAUGGCUCCAUCUGUGUGGCCCAGUGCCCCACUAACUUUGUGGUGGAUGGCAGCUCAUGCGUGAGCAACUGUCCGUUUGAAAAAAUGGAGGUGGAGAAGAAUGGAAUGAAAAGAUGUGAGCCCUGUGGAGGCCUCUGUCCAAAAGCUUGCCACGGCACAGGAAGUCAAACCAGACAAACUGUCGAUGCUCACAAUAUUGACAGCUUCAUCAACUGCACUAAGAUCCAGGGCAGUCUGCACUUCCUGGUGACUGGGAUCAACGGUGAUAAAUACAAGAACAUACCAGCCCUCGAUCCAGAAAAACUGAAAAUCUUCAACACAGUGCGGGAGAUUACAGACAUCCUUUGUAUCCAGUCGUGGCCUGAAAACAUGACUGACCUGUCAGUCUUUUCUAACCUUCAAACAAUUCAAGGCAGAAAAUUUUACAAAGGAGUGAACUCUAAAAGGUUCUACUCUCUUCUGGUGAUGAGGAGCAGUUCUCUGACCUCCCUGGGGUUACGCUCGCUGCGAAAAAUAAACGAUGGCGGCGUCUAUAUCACAGGAAACGGGAAGCUGUGCUACCAUGAUACUGUCAACUGGACGCGUAUCUUAGGCAGCAGCUCCCGCCCGCAGCGACGCCUGAAGCACAUUGACAUCAAGGAGAACCGACCAAGAAAUCAGUGUGUUAAUGAGGGCCAAGUGUGCGACUCCCUGUGCUCCUCUGAUGGCUGCUGGGGUCCCGGCCCAAACCAGUGUCUCUCCUGUAAGAAAUACAGCAGGGGCGGAACAUGCGUGCCAGACUGCAUGUUCUUAACUGGGGAGAGGCGGGAGUUUGCUACUCGAUCAGGGGAGUGUAUGCCCUGUCACCCUGAGUGUAAGGUCCAGGAGGGGAAGAAGACCUGCACGGGCCCGGGAGCCGAUCAGUGUGUAGCAUGUGCCCGCCUGCAGGACGGACCGCACUGUGUUUCCUCGUGUCCUGAGGGCGUGAUGGGAGGGGAGGGAGUCAUCUUUAAAUACCCUAACAAGCAAGGCAACUGUGAGCCAUGCCACAUCAACUGUACCCAAGGGUGCUACGGUCCAGGAAUUGGAGACUGUGUGGGGUCUUCGCGGUACAUUUCUGGACAAGAGACCAUGGCCAUUGCACUGGGAGUGAUUGCCCUUAUCUUUGCUUCAUUCUCUGUCUUUGUGCUGACUGUUCUGUACCGCCGGGGUAUUGCCAUUCGUCGCAAGAGAGCUAUGAGGAGAUACAUGGAGAGUGGAGAGAGUUUUGAGCCUUUGGAGCCUGGAGAAAAAGGAGCUAAAGUCCAUGCUCGGACACUGAAGCCCACAGAGCUGCGUAAGAUCAAGCUGCUGGGUAAUGGAGUGUUUGGAUCCGUCCAUAAGGGUAUUUGGAUUCCUGAGGGUGAUACAGUGAAGCUUCCUGUGGCCAUAAAGACGAUUCAUGAUCGCACUGGUCGGCAGACCUUCUAUGAGAUGACAGAUCACAUGAUGGCGAUGGGAAGCUUGGACCACAUCAACGUUGUCAGGACCCUGGGUAUCUGCCCCGGGGCCAGCCUGCAACUCGUCACCCAACUCAGCAGUCAGGGCUCCCUGCUGGAGCACCUCAGAAACUGCAAGACCAACCUCAACCCACAGAGGCUGCUCAACUGGUGUGUUCAAAUCGCAAAGGGUAUGUAUUACCUGGAGGAGCACAGGAUGGUUCACAGGAACCUGGCUGCCAGAAAUGUGCUCCUGAAGAGUAAUUACACCGUCCAGAUCUCCGACUACGGCAUUGCAGACCUGCUUUACCCUGAUGACAAGAAGUACUUUUACAAUGAGGUCAAGACACCAAUCAAAUGGAUGGCCUUGGAGAGCAUCUUGUUUCGCAGAUACACACACCAGAGUGAUGUCUGGAGUUAUGGUGUGACAAUAUGGGAGAUGAUGUCCUAUGGCGCAGAGCCGUAUGCAACAAUGCGUCCACAGGAAGUUCCUGAUCUGCUGGAAAAGGGCGAGCGCCUGUCACAGCCUCAAAUUUGCACCAUUGAUGUCUACAUGGUCAUGGUCAAGUGUUGGAUGAUUGACGAGAAUGUACGUCCAACAUUCAAAGAGCUGGCCAAUGAAUUUACCAGAAUGGCCAGAGACCCACCUCGCUACCUGGUCAUCAAAGAGGACUGCAGCCAUCAGGAUUCACCCCUGGAUGAAGUGGCCCAACGAAGUGCAGACCUGGACGAUCUGGAUGAUGAUCUGGAUGAGCUGAAGGAACAGGAGCCGAAGGACGUGGUGGAUGGCAUGACUCUAGCGUCCCACUACCAGUCUCAGUCUAGGAGCCUCAGUCGCCUCUCCAGGAUGGACACUCACAGAGUGGUUCUAAAUCCAUCAAGCGCAGCUGGAUACCUGCUUAUGACCCCAGGUGUUGAUAACCUAGGACAGGCUAUGUGGCAGUCACGCUCUCGACUUAACUCGGCCCGCACUGUGUCCGAGAGCUCGGAGGGCUGCGGCACAGCAGUGGAGCUGGAGAUGAAUGAGGACUUCCCUCUGGCAGGGAGCCUGAAAAGAAGACGUCAUCGUGAUGACAGCGCUUACAUGUCACAGAGGGACAGCAUGUCUGGUGGGCCGCCAGAGUCUCCAUCCCCAGAGAUGGAGGAAGAAGACCAGAAUGGAUAUGUGCUUCCUGGAGACAGCCCGGAGAGAGAUACCCUCCUUUCUUCAUCUCGAGCCGCUCCUGGCAGGUUGGGCAUGUCUCGUUCAUCAGGCCUCUUGGAUGACCCAGACGAUGAAGAAUAUGAGUAUAUGAACAAGCAGAUACCUGUCUCACCCAGGCACAAAAGCCACUGUCUGAGGCUGAACAAAAAACGAACCUCCUCCGUAUCGUCACAAGCGACAGCAUGCUCCGGUGACACCACACCGUCUGUGGAGGUCAGGGGAGUUCACACGAGAAGCAAGGACAACUCUGAUUCAGAGCAGCAGGGGUCUAACAAAGUUGAAUAUGAAUACAUGGACAUCAGAGUUAGUGUGAAAGACGAGAGCGCUCCAGCACAUGACCCUCCUAUUCCGAAACCACCAAGGAUGGGAGGCCAGGUGGAGGAUGAGGAGGACGAAGAGGAGGAUGAGUAUGUGGAGGACAGUAACUAUCAUUACACGAACAGACAGCCGAAGCUGCGACAAGCUCUUCGGAACAGGGAGGAGCUGAAGAUACAGGGGAGGGACGAUGGCGAGGCGUAUGAGUACGAGGACAUGGACUGCUUUGCUGCCCUGCAGCCUGGAGAUGCAGUGGUUUACCAGAACGUGCAGAGAAAAGGGAAGGGAGCAGUGGGGGACACAGAGGUACAUCGAUCUGGGUUUGAACCUUAUGUAAAAGUGCGAGCUGGAGUCGGUGUUGGGGAACCUGCAGCUGGCGACAGAUCUUUUGACAAUCCAGACUACUGGCAUAGCAGGAUGUUCCUGAAGCCCAAAGCAGUGCCUACAUGAAAAACAUUUGAAAUCUCAUGAACUUCAUUCUGAGAUGUAUUCAUGAAGGAGCUGAAACAGGAAAUGCAAUCAAAAGCCAUGUUAAUGCUGCAGCCUAAGACACCAGUUAAAAAACCGAACGCGUGUGAUGUCUCCACAGCUUCGUUGUCUGUUACGGGUUGAUAUUAUAUCUUGUAUUUAGGCCUUUGAUUUGGGGCAUUUCCAGAAGUAAAAGCACUGACUGUUGAAAACACUAACAGAAAUGAACAGAUUACAAGCUAUAUUUUUCUGUUUACAUUUUGAAAUGAACAAAAAAUGUUUUUGAGAUCAAAUGCAUUUGUUUGCAAUUUCCUUUAUGUUUCGAGACCUUUUUGUGUGUGAUUAUAUAUGAAAUACAUUUUCUACACAAUAAAAAUAUUUUGAAUAGCUA